AUGGCUCCUAAUUAUGUGAUGAUAGUUGCUCUGAUAACAUUUAUUUGCUUUUCACUAUCUUUUGGUGAUGAUGCUAUGUUACCAACGUCACACAACAAUCUCAUAGCCAAACCUAACUGCAAUGAAAGUUGUGGAAAUGUCAACAUCCCUUUCCCAUUUGGUAUGACCCCAGAUUGCACACUACACGAUCAGUUCCUUGUCACUUGUAAUUACUCCUUUCCAACUCCCCAGCCUUUUUUAGGAAACAGUGGUAUUGAAAUCACAAGCAUAUAUCUCUCUGGGCAACUUAAUGUCUUACAGUUCAUAUCCAGAGAUUGUUAUCGUGAUGGGAUAAGCACGGAUAGAACCAAGCCAUUUAUAGUAUUACCUUCGUUGUUUACUGUGAACAACACUGCGAAUAGCUUCAUCGCCGUUGGCUGUGACACGUAUGCAAUUGUUCAGGGUUAUUAUACCAAGUUUGGAACUAAAAUCGAGUAUCUCCCCUACAUAACAGGAUGCAUGUCCAUGUGCAAUAGUAUUGCUGAAGCUGAUGAUGAUACAUGUUCUGGAGUGGGUUGUUGCAAGACGUCCAUCCCUAAGGGAGCAUCGAAUGUCAAUAUAACACUAAGCAGCUAUUAUAAUUAUAACUAUACUAAUAUGACAAAUAACCCUAGCUGCAGCUAUGCUUUUGUGGUCGAUCAAGCUAAUUUUAACUUUUCUAAGAGUUACCUCAGCAGUUUGCAGAACACGGAGAAGCUUCCUCUUGUGCUAGAUUGGGCAGUUGGUGAAGACAAAUGUGAAAUAGCUAAGAGAAAUUCGACUGCAUAUGCAUGUAAGAGUAACAACAGCUAUUGCCAUGAUGAUUCAAAUGGUUAUCGCUGUUCCUGCAUGCAAGGAUAUGAUGGGAAUCCAUACCUGAUAGAUGGUUGUCAAGAUAUCAAUGAAUGUGUAGAUCCGCAACCAGAUUAUAGGUGUGUCAAAAAUGCCAUUUGCACCAAUACAGAUGGGAGUUAUACAUGCACAUGCCAUCCAGAUUUCAGCGGCGAUGGUUAUCCUGAAUGCAAUCGUGACAAUCCUCAGAGAAAAAUUCAGAAUAUUUUUCUUAUUAUAGUUCUACUGCAACGACUCAAAGUGGAAGAGGGAUCAAGUAAUACUAAUACAGUAAACAUUUUCACAGCGGAAGAGCUACAAAGGGCAACUAAUGACUUUGACAAAGAUAGAGUUGUUGGUCAAGGAGGUUAUGGAACUGUGUACAAAGGAUAUCUCAAAGAUAAUUGCAUCGUUGCCAUUAAAAAUUCUAAGGUAAUUGAUCGCAAUCAAAUUGAACAAUUCAUAAAUGAAGUCCUUGUCCUUUCACAAAUCAACCAUAGAAAUGUAGUUAAGCUCUUAGGUUGCUGCCUUGAGACGGAAGUUCCACUACUGGUAUAUGAAUUUAUCAGCAAUGGAACACUUUCUGAACACUUACAUGACAAAUUAAAGGCGUCCUCUCUUUCUUUGGAUAUUCGUCUUAGAGUUGCUGCAGAAACUGCUGGAGUACUUUCCUACUUACACUCAGCAGCUUACCCUCCUAUCAUUCAUAGAGAUAUUAAGUCAGUCAACAUUCUUCUAGACAAAAGCUACACAGCCAAAGUAUCUGAUUUUGGAGCAUCCAGGUUGGUUCCUGCUGAUCAAACAGAGCUAUCUACAUUGGUUCAAGGAACUCUAGGAUAUUUAGAUCCUGAAUACUUGCAAACAAGUCAACUCACCGAAAAAAGUGAUGUAUACAGUUUCGGAGUAGUGUUUGUAGAGCUCCUAACCGGUAGAAAGGCUCUAUGUUUUCAAAGACCAGAAGAAGAGAGAAGUUUAGCUCAAUAUUUCAUAUCUUCAGUGGAAAAGGGUCAUUUGUUCGAUAUUCUAGACGACAAUAUAGUCUGUGAUGAGGGAAAUGCAGGGCAAUUGAAAAAUGUUGCUGUGAUUGCACAAAGGUGCUUAAAUGUUAAAGGGGAUGAUCGACCUACAAUGAAGGAAGUUGCAGCAGAAUUGGAAGCUGGAUCGAAAUUGAAGCAUUCAUGGGCUCAAACUGAUCAACAGUCAGAGGAGAUUGAGUCCCUACUGCCUGGAUUUGGAUACGAAUAUAGUGAACAUAGUAUCCAUGUUGAUAGCAUAACGAGCCAUGUAACUAUACCAUUUCCUGGGGGAAGGUGA